GGUCCAGUCAGCGGCCACAGUGAGCUGUAAGGGAAGUGACAAGCACUAAGUCUCUGGAUUGUGUUUUCUUUACAGGUUUGGAAGCACAGGAUGAUUAAAGGGAAAGAUUCAGAGGAAGUAGAGAUUGACUUGGAGGACUCCAGUGAUCCUGAUGAAUCUGAUAACGGUGAGGAACCUGAGAUGCUGUGGAAAGCCCCUCCUGCUCACGAUGAAGAAGAAGACAUUCAUACCACCUCACUGGUGGAAAUCAGUGAUACUAAGCCUCUGAUUAAUGUCAGAGACCCCCGGGAUAUAAAUGACUGUCUCAAGGUGACUUUUGAGGAUGUGAUUGCAGAGCCUGUGUCAGUGCGCAGUGGGGACAGAGUGUGGAUCUGGAGUAAUGCCCUGUUUGAGGUGUCCAGGGUUUGGAUUUACAGGAUAGUCACAGUGAUACUGGCAAUUCCCAUUUCAAUUAUCUCUGGUCUCCUCUUCGCCAUCCUCAGCUGCUUCCACAUCUGGAUGGUCGUUCCCUGCAGCCACUGUCUCCGCAUUGGUGCCCGCUGGCUGCAGAGCCUAUGGAGCAUUGUGCUGGAUGUCAUUGUGCGCCCCUUCCUCACGAGUGCUGGCCGAUGCUGUGGAGGCUUCAGCAUUCACCUUGCCAAAGAAUGAGACUCACACAUCCACACAGUUUUUUAUGCGCAAUUGUUUUCUAGUGGACUGAGCCACAGUGGGCAUGGAUGUUUGAAUCUUUAAGAGUUCAUUCAAAAUAAAAUUUUAUAAUUACAUGUUUUUCACAUUAAAGAGGCCUUUGGUCAAAGUCCA